AUGAACCUAGUCGCCGCCGUCUACGGCAACUUUGGCCUGGUCAUCAACACGGAGAAGGCAGUGGUUAUGCAUCAACCGCCACCCAACGCUGGCUACAUUGGAGCACACAUCAACAUGAACGGCACCCAACAACAAGUCGUAGACAACUUCACCUAUCUGGGCAGCACCCUCUCCCUCACCACCAAGAUCAACGAUGAAACGGCCCACCGGAUAUCCAAAGCCAGCCAAGCCUUCGGUCGUCUGCAAGGCACAGUCUGGAAUCGUCACGGUCUCCACCUCUGCGCCAAACUGAAGAUGUACCAGGCGAUCAUCCUGCCGGCGCUGUUGUAUGGAGCGGAGAUCUGGACGGUUUACAAGAAGCAGGUGCGGAGACUCAACUACUUUCACCUCAGCAGUCUCCGACGGAUACUGAAGCUGAGGUGGCAGAACCGGAUCCCGCAUACGGAAGUACUGGGGCAGACGGGAAUCCUCAACAUCUACGUUAUGCUGAGACAACUGCAACUGCGUUGGCGCGGCCAUCCCGUGCGGAUGGGCGACGAGCGGCUAUCCAAACGACUCUUCUAUGGAGAUGUCGCCACGGGUUCCGUCGCCAACAGGGAGGUCAAGUCUGUCGAUACAAGGACACUCUGA